CACCUCCAUAUUUUGACCUCCAUUUUCCACGAUUCCUCCUGCGACUUCGACCCCCCAACCCCCAGGUGAGGUGCGGGGCCCCAGCAUGCAGCCAGUGAAAAUCCUCGUUCUGGGGGCUGGGGAUUCUGGGAAAACAGCGCUUUGCGUCCGCUUCAUCACCAGACGUUUUAUAGGAGAAUAUGACCACAGAAGAGAGAUGACGUACAGGUGCAGCCGGACGCUGGACCACGAGGACGUGGAUCUGGAGAUCCUGGAUUUACCUUCUAAGGUUCUGGAGGUCCAGGAGAGUCUCCCUGCGUCUCUGGAGUCCUCCAUCUGCUGGGCUGAUGGUUUCCUCCUGCUGUACUCCAUCACCCAACGCCUCACCUUCAUGGAGGUUCCUCGACUCAAGGCGCUUAUUGACAAAACCAAACACUCUCUCAUCCCUCCCACAGUGCUGGUCGCCAACAAGGCCGACCUGGAAGUGGGCAGGGAGGUGACAACAGAGGAAGGACAGACACUAGCUAAAGAUUUAAGAUGCAGCUUCAGAGAGCUCUCUGUGGCUGAGGCCGCUUCAGGAGUGGAAGCAGCGUUCCUUCAGCUCAUCAGGCAGGUGUUGGACCAACAGCGCCCCCUGCCUGACCGUCGCUCCUACAUGCUGACGGUCCGGCACGCUCUGACCCGGAAACUGACCCGGUCAAAGACCAUGCAGUGGUGACUUCUGCCAACAAAGAUCACCUGUUUCUGCGUUUAAAUGCAUCGCGAGGACCGGCAUGUGUGUUCCUGUAUUUAUUACAUUAAGAGGACACAAGUGACCUCACAGUGACCUUUCUGCUUUUUGGGGGACAUGUGAUCCAUUCUGAUUUAAGGAAAUGCAGUUUUGAAGUUUAAUGUGAUUCAGGGGUGUCAAACUCAGACGCACAAGAGGGCAAAAAUCCAAAACACACGUUAGGUCGCGGGCUGAACAGGAGAA